AUCAGCCCCAUCACUGAGAAGCUGUACCCCGGGUACUACCCCAAGUCUCAGGCCAUCAUGAACUUCGUGGUGCGUUACCGUCCGGACGAACAGCCGUCUCUGCGACCGCAUCACGACUCCUCAACGUUCACCAUCAACAUCGCUCUGAACAGCAAGGGGCAGGACUACGAGGGCGGCGGCUGCAGGUUCCUGCGCUACGACUGCAAAGUGGAGUCUCCUCGUAAAGGCUGGUCCUUCAUGCACCCCGGACGCCUCACACACUACCACGAGGGCCUGCCCACCACCAAGGGGACGCGCUACAUCAUGGUGUCCUUCGUGGACCCCUGAGAGAGAGAGAGAGAGAGAGAGAGAGUGUGUGUGGGUGUGUGUGUGUGUGUGAGAGAGAGAGAGAGAGUGUGUGAACCUAAGUCAACCUCAUCAUCACUGAUAGAGCCAGACAGGGCGGAGGAACAGACCUUGAACGCAUCGUUUUCUUUUGUUUUCAAUCACAUAUCAUUUCAAUGCAGGAGUUCCUACAGGACCCUGAACGCAUCGCUUGACGUACAUUUCAGAAUAAGAGUCCAUUUAUUCUGCGGUUUGCUUCAUUGACUUACUUUUUCUUUUUCUUUUAUCAAUCUUGUCAUUUCAAAAUAAGAGCCUUCAGUGGCUUCAGAAAAACAAAUGUUACAUUUCAAAGUAAGAGUCUUUAUUAUUAUUUUUUAAAUGUAAUAACUUUAUACGUACAUAUGUGGCCUUUCAAAAUAAGAGUCUUUAAUUCCUAAAUGUAAUUCCUAAACAAAAGCUAAUGUCGCAUUUCAAAAUAAGAGUCUUUCAUUUCUAAAUAUAAUAACAUUAAACGACAACAUUUGGAAUUUCAAAAUAAAAGUAUUUGAUGAGAUUUUAUCUUCAUUUAGUGACUUUCACUCAAGCAGUUGUAGCAUUUCAAAAUAAGAGUUAAUUAGUGUUUAGCAACUCUGGAGUUUCAAAAUAAGAGUCUCGUUGAGGUUUAACAGAUUGUCACCACGCUGCCUUUUUAUCAAACUACCUGAACCUAUGCAAGCAGACCUAUCACACUCCGCCUUUAUGUGUGUGUGUGUGGUGUGUGUGUGUGUGUGUGUGUGUGUGUGUGGUGUGUGUGUGUGUGUGUGUGUGUGUGUGUGUGUGUGUGUGUGUGUGUGUGUGUGUGUGUGUGUGUGUGUGUGUGUGUCCUCUCUGCUGUCACACUCCUGAAUGUUCCUCAGCACUGAUCCUGAAGGAAAAUAAAACGUAAUUCUUGCUCGAGUUUAAAAUAAAUGAAAAUAGCCGUGGAGCAAUGCAUGAUGGGAGCUCAGACGGCUGUUUUUCGGCCAAUCGGAUCACUGGGAUUGAGCCAAAAAGCAGGAAAAUAGAAAUAUAUUUUUAUGUUUAGUGUAAAUGUAGUUUUUGAGAAACACUAAAGGCCUUUUUUCUACUUCCUGUUUGUUUUAAAGUCGUUGUGUUUCCAUCGUCUCCUCUGUUCAUCAUUCUGUUUGUGUUAUUAUUUCCGUGCCUGUCUCUGGCUUUGUAAAAACUGCGUUAAAUUAUUUGACUGAGCGAAUAAAGUUUUGAGAUUUGAAUAAAUAAUGUUACUGUCA